UCAGACCUUCGUGACGUCACACAGGUCGAUGGAAAACAACAUGGCAGCCUACAGUGAAGGAAGCGCCUGAAUGUGAGAAACCCAGAAAAACGAAGGACUUGUGCAGUUAUGUUGGGUUUAUCUAUAAAAGAGGUCUCUGCGGCUCUGAGGGAAGGAAAGCUCUCGGCUACGGAGCUGUGCAGAAAAUGUCUUCAGCGCAUAAGGAAGACACGCCACCUCAACGCCUACAUCACUGUUACAGAGGAACUAGCAAUGAAACAGGCACAGGAAGCGGACAACAGGCUGCUCAGAGGUGAAGCUCUCGGCCCUCUGGAUGGGAUUCCUUUCUCCAUGAAGGACAACUUCUGCACAGAGAGGGUGGAGACCACGUGUGCCUCCCGCAUGCUCCGAGGUUAUUUUCCGCCCUUUAACGCGACAGUGGUGCAGAAGCUGCUGGAUCAGGGGGCAGUGCUCAUGGGGAAGACCAACAUGGAUGAGUUCGCUAUGGGCUCAGGCAGCACUGAUGGAGCGUUUGGUCCUGUCAGAAAUCCCUGGAGUUACUCCUCUCCGUACCGGACACUCAGCCCUGGAACAGAUCUAGACUUUGACUGGUCGAUUACAGGUGGGAGUUCAGGAGGAAGUGCAGCCGCUGUGGCAUCUCUGAGCAGCUUCCUUGCCCUGGGUUCAGAUACAGGCGGUUCGACCCGUAACCCCGGCUCUCUGUGUGGUGUUGUGGCUCUGAAGCCCAGCUACGGUCUGCUCUCUCGUCACGGCCUCAUCCCCCUCGUAAACUCCAUGGACGUCCCGGGCAUCAUGAGCAGGAGCGUUUACGACACCGCCAUCGCACUCGAUGUUCUUCAGGGUCGUGACGUGAAUGACUCCACUACGGUCCAUGUUCCUGAUUCUCCUGCCCCUCUCCCUCAGGAGUUUGAUAUCAGAGAUCUCUGUGUGGGCGUCCCGAAGGAGUACCACGCUCCGGGUCUGUCGGCCGACACGCUGGCUCAGUGGACCCGUGUGGCAUCCCUGUUUGAGCGAGCUGGGGCACGGGUGCAUGAGGUGUCUCUGCCUCACACUCAGUACUCCAUCGUGUGUUAUCACGUGCUCUGCUGCUGCGAGGUAGCAUCCAACAUGGCGCGCUUCGACGGCCUGCAGUACGGUCACCGCAGUGCCGUGGAGAGCUCCACUGAAGCGAUGUAUGCCACCACACGGCACGAGGGCUUCAACGAUGUGGUGCGCCGUAGAGUUCUCUCAGGAAACUACUUCCUGUUGAAACAGAACUACGAGCGCUACUUUGUGAAGGCUCAGCAGAUCAGACGUCUGAUCACGGAGGAUUUCCGCCGCGUCUUCUCCUCGGGCGUGGACGUUCUCCUCACUCCCACCACGCUGAGCGACGCAGCCACAUACUCGGACUUCAUCGAGGAGGACAAUCGGACCCGCAGCGCACAGGACGACGUCUUCACCCAGCCGGCUAACUUAGCAGGUCUCCCCGCCAUCACCGUCCCCACGUCCCUCUCCGCCCGAGGACUUCCUAUUGGCCUGCAGCUGAUCGGUCAGCACCUCCAGGACAGGAAGUUGCUGGCGGCGGCUCACUGGAUGGAGCAGCAGCUUGAUUUUCCCCGCAUCCGAUUGGAUGAGGAAGAUGACCCACAGGAGACAAAAUCAGGGUGGAACAGAGAGCGAGAACGCACGUCAGUGGCCUGAACGAUGACGAGGUCUGGUACGAACACGUCGUACAGGAAACAUCACGGCUUUAUGGCUUUUCUGGGAUGGGUCUGGGAGUAUUAUACUCUUUCUUAAAGGCACUUUAUCUUUAGCUGGGUUCUGAUCGGUCAGAAUGUGUUGACGGGUCACCCGUCCGCAGACGCUCCACAGCUAAGACUAAAAAUAAACAGGUUUUAAACAAAAAGAAACAACUUUCUGACAUCUUCAGGCUGGUGAAGGAACGAUAGCUGCUACAGCACAAGUGAACAACUGUAGCGUGGAUUUUUCACAACAAUAAAGGCAACUAGAAACAGAUAAAAAUUAUUGUC